AUGUCGUACAAUACCGGCGGGCGUCGCAUGCCUCCGAAUGAUCCUUUCCCGCAGUAUGCACCUGCAUCACAUCCAGGGCUACCUAAUUCGACCGAUUCGACUCUCGCCAAUACCUCUCGACUCCCCCGGGCACCCCUAGUGAGACCGGUCAACUCUACGCCGAGGAGCAGCCGGGCUUCCUCUGUCUCCCGUGCAGAAGAUACUCGGUCAAUAACAGCCCUGCCGCCAGUAUCUUAUCACCUUGCAAGCCGUCCGAACCGACUGUCGAUGCUACCACGGCCAAGUACUAGUGGCCCGGAAUCUUCAGCUUCUCCUGCAUCCACGAUAUCCCCCCAAACCCCAGCUUCCUCCAUUCCGUCUUCUUUCUCUGCUUCGGAUCUUACCAACCCUUCCCCAAUUCCGGCUACAUGCCCGGCUCCUCCUAUCAAUGCCGCCAAACGACCUCGCAACGUUCUCCGAAGAAAGGCACCGACAAUAGGAAAACAUGUGGAGCAAAGCCAAGCCCAGAAGCUGAGCCUGAUGAUCCCGCAAUCGACUCCGCCGAUAGCUGGGAGGGAGCCCAGGUUGCCUAGCUUACCAGAUUCAUACUCGGCUGGGCUCUCAGCCUCUUCCUACAGCACUUCUGAUCAGACAGACCAAAGUGCAGUAGAUACUCCAAGGACGCAGGGACCAGCAGAAUUGGCAAGUCUGCGGACUACUGUCGGUAUUGAGGGAAUAACACUGCCGCCUGCUCCCAAUUAUCCUUCUUCUAGCACCCCGUCGACCCGAUACUCAGAAUCUCCUGGUGUGUGGAGCCGUGGCUCUACGCCGACUUCUCUGUCCUCUUACUCUCCUGGAAUUCUACAAUCCUCCAAGAUUGGCCGUAUGAGACAGCCUAGCCCGAUCAAGACCAGACUACCGAUGGUCUCGCCAUCAACGGUGCAAGCUAGCCCUCAGACUGCUCAAAUUGAACAGGCAGAGCCAAGCACACAAAGAACGGGGCUUCCUAGAAGACCUCCCAAAUCAAGUACCAAGCCAAAUCUCAAUACCCGGACACUCUCAAGCACCAAGCCUAUCUCGACCGUUAUUCGAGGUCCACCUCCCAGCCCACCAUCUCGGAAAUCUUCUGUGAAUUUCAGUCCUCCCAAGGAUAGUCCAUCAAAAAAUUCGGACAUCGACGUUGAGAAAGCCAGGAAGGAAGUUGAGGAAGCGGAGCGAGAGCUUUUCAAUUCUCAAAAAUUCAUGAUCGCAGCCCCAAGCUCGGAAGCAACAAUACCAAGCGUGCCGAAAACACCACCACGGCCAAGUCGAGACGGCACCCAUUGCUUAGAUUUGGAUACAUCCCCGGUCAUCCAAAGCAAUCUUCCUUAUCUCCGAUCAACUGGCCACAAGCGGCGCGAGUCUGCAGAAAGAGCUCGGGCUGGCGAGAGGCCAUACCCCGCGACCAACCAGUCCGCUGCUACCUCAGUGGAUUCUUUACGAUCUAGAAAUCUGUCUAGAACUCCCUCACGGGAGACAGGCUCUCCAGUACUGGCUCGUAAAUCUCCUCGAACUUUGGUGAAAGAGCCCCCUAAAGAUAAGACCGAGCACAAAAAGCCGGCAACUCCAAAACGCUUCGGUCUUUUUGCGAAGAAGUCAAAACCGGACCUUGAUGCUGCUUCUAUAGAUCAGACAAAGCCGACUCGAAAAGGACCAGCAGCAGGGACCGGUCAUGAAGGAUAUGGCAGAUAUGCCCAACGCGGCAGGAAGUCCAGUGCUAGCAGCGCCAGCGGCACUAGAACCCGAUCGACGAGUACAACGAGGAGCGCGUCCCGGUCAAUUUCGAGCAGCAAAGGCAGCAUGUCAUCCAGUCGUCCGGACUUAGAACUUGAUGACUUUCUUUCGAGCCGUCUCGAGCCUGUGGUGAUCAACGGCGGUGGGCUGGACGGUGCCACACUCUCAAGAACCCAAAGUGAGCAGAGUAUCAGCAGCCUCAGUUUAGCCUCUUCGUCAAACCUCCGUCGGCCAACUCCACUCUCAUAUUCGACAGCUCCAUCAACCGAAUCAUUGGCUUCCUCCACAGGGACAUUCGGUGAGACCGGUCCUCGUGAAAAACGGGUCACCCCUAGCCUAGGACCAGCUCGGGGCAAGAGCCCAGAAGAUGCUCCAGCUACAGCGAGCCGGCAGCCGCCCAGAUCUCGUAUGCCGGUUCCCAGGGGAAAGAGACACGGAGUUUACGCUAAUCCCGAAGCUGCUACUAAUCGGACGUCGCUUUUGAUCCAAGAAUCGGCGUCUGAUACCCAACUUAAGCCGUCAAAGACCACCGCGGCUCCCUCCAUGAUAAACGAGAAGUCUGCAACACUAGAGGGGGAGGAACCUAAGAAAGGCAAGGCAUCUCGGUGGAAUUUAUUUCAACGAAGUCGUACAGCUGAACCAAAAGCCGCUGCUCCGGUUGUAUCUGCUGCUCCUUCGCAUACCGCUCAACUCCAUGCAGCGAUUUCGCCAGUUCUCAAUAGCCGCCCUGUUGCGCACUAUGCGCUUGUGGAUGCCGACUCAGAUGAACUUGACGAGAUUAUCAACAGAGUGGAAGACUCUCCUCCAACAGAAGAGGAGGCUAUCAAACCGGUGGAAGUGCCUGCUGGUCUGAACAUUCGGAAAAGACAACCGUCCAUUCUGCUACCUUCUCCACCCAAAAUCCAUGGAGAAUUUGAGAGAGAUGAGCGUGCAUCUCCGAGAACCGCUAUGUUCAACCGGAACAUGAUGGAAACGGAGCCUCAAAGCAGCCCUGAGGAUCGACGUCCAAGGCGAUUGGCCUCGAUUGGUCGUAUUCCACAAGUGGUCUCAAGGCGUGAUAGACGGCAUCAUCCAGCUGUGCAAUCAUUCUCUCGGCCCUUCAGCGCUGCCGACUCACCAUCUAUCAUGGCUCCUACCCCUGAGGAGCUGAACGAAUACGCUAGCUUGGAUGAGUUACCUCUCAAUGACCGUACGAAUGCUAUAGGUGGUAUUCACCCAGCGGGUUGGGGCUAUGGUUUAAACCCCGCCUUCAGUGCCCCCGAGGAUGUGAGUGCAUUGGAUUUCCUUGCUGGCCCUUACUCAGCCCAGGAGUUCCUUCAUUUCUCGCCACAAAAAGGCUCUCCUUCGUCGAGCAGCUCGGGAGCUCUUGCGGCGGUAACGGCUAUUGUCCCUCGACCUGGCACCGCGCCAACCGAGGAUGAGGUAUGGAAUGAAUAUGAUGAUCUCAUCGACAAUGUGCUUUCUCCAGAGGAGCCACAGACAACAGAGUCAUCGAAAUCAGAGAAGAGUAACAGGUUUGAACUUGCGACUAUGGCGAGCAAGACUCUCCAAGACGAACUGAACAAUGCCAAGUCUCUUCAGCUACCACUGGAUUCGCCGCACUAUGCUUCUUCCAAUCGUGAAAGCGGCGAUUCGGUUCAUCUUCGCCGCUCCAGAAUUGUUUCGGCAUUGCAUUCGUCCAUUGCGCCUUCCACCCAGCCAUCCUACAGCAAUCUCAUCGCAAGCUACGGAAAUCCAGAGGUAAUGAAUAGCCCCGCGAGUACCACAAAGCCUUCUUUGGAUCCGGUUCAGGAGCAACAGUCAACUUUUUUACAAUCACUGGCCAAUGUGCCGACACCCAAGCCACAGCAGACUAACCGCAAAGACAUUUCGAGUGCCUCGGAGCGGGACUGGGAUGCCGUGACUCGAAUCAAUAUGCGAUCUGCAUCGCUGAUGACCAGUCGCUGGCUGUCAUUUGGGCGGGUCCUGUUCAGCCCAGCGCACAACCAUGUCAAGUCCGGAACCCAUGGGAGAAUCUUGGUGAUUGAUGGACUGGGAAAUGAUGAUUGGUCCUUCUACUGCUCCUUGACCUACCCGGACGCCGAGGUGUACAGUCUGAGUGGCAGGCCAGUUUCGACAGCAAUGCCUCAUCCAGCAGCUUGGCAACCUCCUACCAACCACCACACUGUAUAUCAUGCUGGAUUGCAGAAUCCUCUUCCAUUUCCCAAGGAUUACUUUACUGUUGCUGUCCUGCGCUUCCCUGCCACGAGUUCGGAGCAAGUCCAGAGUAAUAUCCUUCAAGAGUGUCGACGGGUUCUCCGGUCCGGUGGUUAUCUAGAAAUGAGCCUACUAGACCGUGACCCGGUGAAUAUGGGCAUCCGAACCCGCAAAGCGGUCCGUCAACUCAAAGAGGCGACGUAUUUGGCCAAUGCAAGCAUCAGCCUCAAGCCUACCAGCGACAGUGUCCAACGCCUGCUCGGCACCCAGGGCUUCGACAACCUCCGUCGGUGUAUGGUCCGCAUCCCUGUGGCGGGCAUGGUCGUCCGAUCAUCCGGCUCGACCACUUCAUCGUCCAAUAAGUCCCAGUCCGGCACGACCACCACGCCGUCCACGGCAUUCUCGCUCCCCGCCAUCUCCAUCUCCACCGCGACUGGCAGCCAGAGUACCUAUACAGCUUCCAAGUCCUCUCCCUCCGAUGACAACAUCUCGCUCGGCGAUCUUCUUUCAGAUCCAUCCCCCUCCGCCGCAAAUGACGAGUCGAUCGCCAAGAUCGUGGCUCGUGUUGGCCGCUGGUGGUAUACGAAAUGUUACGAGGACCCGGUCUUGCCGAAUCCCGGGGCCUCCGAUGCUGGCAUCUGGACCGAUCGCAAAGUCCUCCGCGAAUGCCAGAAACAAGGCACCGGUUUCCGCAUGCUGAUUGCGUACGCUCAGAAGCCGAGCGAGAUGCGACGGACUGCCAGCGUCUAA